AAAUAAAUAAUCGGUUUUAUUGGACUCUAAAACACACAUAAUUUAUUAUUAAAGUAUAAAUAACUAAUCGUUUAAAGUGGGUAUGAGCACUCCCUUUGUACAGACGCUGAUAAAUCAAAGACCUUACGUCAUAAGACAAGAUUAGUCAAAUUAUUCCAAAAAAUAUUGUAAGAACAAUAACCGCGUACAGAUACAAAAUUCGGUACAAGUAUGUUUGUAUGUUUGUAUGUUUAAAGUGUGUGUGUGCUAAGAUUAGGUUGCUAUAUUCUGCAAUUUUAAUAUACAAACAUCAUACUUAUACACACCUAUGUAUUUAUGCAGCUUUGUGUGCGCACAAAAAUUUACAAUUUCGUUUAAUGUUUGAGAAGGUCAGAGUCUAUGUUGAGAUUAGACGCGCCAAUGUUUGCGAAUUUAGCAUAAAUAUAAUUAAGUAAGUCUCACAAUUACUUAUGAGGCGAUUUACUUGAAGGAUGAGUUGAAAAGUAUUCAUAAUCGCACAUAAAUGUCUGGAUUCUUUUGUUUAAGAGAUAUACUAUUUUUAAUUUCUUGAACAGUGUAUAUUAAAUUUGCCACGGAGUUCGUAACAUACCAUAAUGUGAUGAUCAGCAUUACGAGCUGUGUCGAUUAAGCCAUGUCCGUCUUACCUUUUGCACCAAGAAGCUACUCAUUUGUCGGAACCGCUGAAAUCGGACCAAUAUAUUAUAUUGCUGUCAUACAAACUGAACGAUAAUAAUCAAUUAUUUAUUAUUGUCCAAAGUAACGUUAUAAUAUCGGAAGAAAGUUUUCAGAUCGCUCCAUUAUAUUAUAUAGCUGACAUACAAACUGAACGAUCAACAUCUUUUGUAACGUUAACUUUUUUCUUGUUUUAUGGUAAUAUUGUGGAGUUUUCAAUUUAUUAUUAAUAUUUUAUCACCAAAAUAAAUCAUGAAUAUUCCGCAAAUAUUUCUGGAGUGGGUGUUUAGCGGCAUAGAGCCGGCUUUCCAGUUGAUUGUAUUAUUUAUCAAGUAUAGCAGCUGCUAUAUAUAUAUUUUAUUGUUAUCAGUGCGCUGGCACGCUCAAACAAAGACUUGCACACAAUACUAUCAGACAAUAUGUAUGAAUUCGUAUUUUGCCAAUUAUACCAAAACAUACAUGUUUCAAAAAUAAAAAUUUUCAAGCCCCACACAGCAUUUCUUUGGUUUACUGAUAAGGAAAUUUUUUAUAUGUACAUAUAUACAUACUUGUAGUAAAUAUAUGUAUAUACAUAAUUACAUAUACAGACUUACUUAAAUGUAUUCUUAAACGGGCUGUAGUCACUUCAUUAUUUGCUAAUAAAUUCAGACAUACUUGUAGAAACAUUAAAAUGAAUUUAAUAUACAAAAUCAUUUAAUUUUUGGGUGUAUUGUGUGUAGAGAUAUACACUGCGCAUCAGAUUAACGCUCGCCUUUCGUUCAAUUUUAACUGCUCUUAAAUAUUUUUCUAAGAAGAAAAUUCUUAAUUAUUGUUUUUGCUUCUAAAUUGACAGACUCUCUCUCUCUCUCUCGCUCUCUCUCUCUAACAGUAAAAUAGAGCUUAUGGGAGGUACCGUUAUAUAUUUAUUAUUGUUUUUUUUUUAUAUUCGAUGAGAAAGCAUACACGUGUUUGCAUCAUCAGAUUAGCGCUCCCAAAUACGAUUUGAAAUAUCUCGGGGAGUUUUUCAACUACGGUCACCAAAUUUUUUCUAGUACAUAAUUAAAUAAUUUUCUUCAAAUUGGUGUAUAAUAUAGGAAAAUGAAUUGUUUGUCAAAAUCGAGGCGUUUCAUGAGUGUGGAUUGUCUUUGCAUAAUAUUAAACAAAAAACUGGUGUUAAAGUCAGCAAAUGAAAUAUUCAAAGGAUGAUUAAGAAAGCUAAAUGUAUAAAAAGGCAGGAGAAGAAGAAGAAGAAAAAAAUCACCACUUAACAAGUUGCGAAAAGAAAUUUGCCUAAGUAUUGGCCGAACACACAUGACUUGAUCUAAGGAGUGGCCUUAUGUCGUAUUUUUUGAUGAGAAGAAAUUGAGGAGCAUUAUUUGGAUCGCUUACACAGUCGGAUCGUUGGCGCGAUGGUAUGGGGAGCCAGAUCCUAUUACGGCAGCUGCGAAUUGCAGUUUUUAACGCCAAAAAUUAACGCAUAUAAGUGCGGUCUAAAAACUACAUUUCCCUUCUGUUUUUUUAAAUAUAUUUGGCAAUCUAAAUUCGCAUUUCCAGCACGACAAUGCGCCAAUUUAUACCGCUUGGUCUAUAGAACUUUGGAUACAAAGUCAAAAUGUCGAUAGAGAACGUCUGGGGAUGAAUCGUAUUGUGUCCUCCUAUAAGUUCAUUUUGAGGUAUAUUGUUAGAAAAAAGUGUGUAGCUCCGGCUCAAGUAUGCUUAGGCGGGCGCUAAUCUGAUGACGCGCAGUGUAUUUAUGUGUAUGUGUAUGUAUUUAAACGCUUAUGGCGCCCAGCAGAAUUACUUGGCUUGAGAUGCAAGCAUAGCUACGAAAACAAUAUUUACACAAAUAUACACAAAAUUAUAUAUAAACAAUAUAUACUAUUUACACGCAUACAUUUAUAUAUGGAACGAAUUAAUUAAUUAACGAGCUACAGAUUUUAGUCAGUUAUUAAAUGACAACGCUUUAAGAUGCACAUUAAAUGUUUGCUUUUGUUUAUAACGGUUCUGUUUGCAGCUGAUGUAAGUGCAUUUAACGAUGCAUUAAUUGUAAAUUUACCAAACGGUAGAAUACGCGGACGCGAUAAUGACUACUACUACAGUUAUGAAUCGAUUCCGUAUGCAGAACCACCGCUCGGUCCAUUACGAUUUGAAUCACCGCGUCCAUACGUUAGAAAUUGGAACGACACAUUUGAUGCGACCCGUGAGCCAAUCGAAUGCAUGCAAUGGGAUCAAUAUAAAUCUGGCGCCGAUAAACUACACGGUGUCGAAGAUUGUCUCACGGUGAAUGUCUAUAAGCCAAAGUUGCCAGCCGUUGCAGAUGUAGAAAGCGGAAUCCCGGUGGUGGUGCUUAUACACGGCGGUGCCUUUAUGUUCGGUUCAGUGCGUGCUAAUGGUCAUGAGAAUUUUAUGCGUAACGGACGUGUAAUAGUUGUGAAAAUGGGUUAUCGCUUGGGUCCUUUGGGUUUUCUUAGUACUGCAGAUACCGUUAUAUCGGGUAAUUUCGGUAUGAAGGAUCAACGUUUGGCGCUGCAAUGGAUCAAGACGAAUAUCGCACGUUUUGGUGGUGAUCCUACACGUAUUACGGUAUUGGGUUUCUCUUCAGGUGGCGUUGCCGUACAUUUACACAUUCUGGCACAACGAAAUUUUACAGAAUAUGCUAAAGUGGCCGUAUCCUUUAGUGGUGUCGCCUUCAAUCCGUGGGCGAUAACGCUUAAGACACGCGAGCGCGCCUUUGAAUUGGCGAAACACCUGAACUGUCCAGACGUCAGCAGCGCACAGCUGAUUAAAGACUGCCUGCAGCGUAAACCGGCCGCGGCGAUUGUACGCGGUGUACGAAAUUUUCUUGUCUUCGGUUAUAAUCCAUUCACCACUUUUGGGCCUAGCAUUGAAGAUGCCGCUGUUGAGGAUGCAUUUUUGACGCGCUCACCUCAGCAGAUAGUGGAAUCAGGUGAUUUUGCCCAAUUACCUUGGCUAGUGUCGUAUGCAGCACAGGAUGGCGCUUUUAAUGCUGCGGAGCUAUUGCAACGUAUGCCACGUAGAGAGGAGUUGAUUGAAGUAUUUAACGAUCGGUGGUAUGAUUUGGCGCCAUAUAACUUGUUCUAUAAGGACACUAUGCAUACUGUAGAACAAAUGGAUGAUUAUUCGGUAGCGUUGAAACGUCGCUACCUAGGGGAGAAGGAAUUCUCCAUUGACACUUAUUCGAAUGUGCAACGCAUGUACACGGAUGUUCUCUUCCGGAAUGGAGUGGAGCAAGCGAUACGUCUGCAGCGACAACAUUCAAGUUGUCCAAUUUAUGCAUAUGUUUAUGAUAAUCCAGCGGAGGAGGGUAUAGGGGAAGCAUUAUCACACCGCAAGGAUGUGAAAAUGGGUACUGUGCAUGGAGACGACUUCUUUUUAAUUUUCAAUAGAGUUGGAAGAACUAAAAUACGCGCCGAUGAACAAAUAAUAUCGCAGAAAUUUGUUAGAAUGUUGGAAAAUUUCACAGCAAAGAGUGAUGAAUUAAGUUUUGGUGAUUGCAAAUUUGUCGACAAUGUUGGGAAAGAGGAGUAUCAGCUAAUGUUUAUUACAAAUGAUACAUGUAUUAAUAAGGCUAUUUUAACACUGCCAUCCUUUUAAAAAAUAUAAACAGAUUUUUAUUGUACACAUAA